ACUUUCCCCAGACCUUUUUGCUUCUCUUCUUCACAGUCCAACUGCCUUUCUAUGGAACUCUAAUCGUUGAGCCACAACUAAUAUUCCUUGCUUCUCUGAAUAGUAUCACUCAAGACAACAGGGCCUGGGAGCCUUGUUCUAUCUGUGCAUAUUGGGCCCAACUCUGCCUUACACCACACCACAUACUACCUACCUACCUUACUUACACACCUCAUCCCAGAGAGCCGCCGCACGAUGACCUCAGACUCGGAUCCCCCGCCAUCGGCGAGCGCUCCGCCACCACCACCACAACGACCUCGUUCGCCUUCGGGGAGCUUUUACGCCCUGAGUGACGAUGAGGAAGGGGACUACGACACAAUCACGCAUACCGAGACGGGCCGGGGCGUCAAACUCCUCUUUUCUAAGAGCAAGGUUUACGUGCACCCCACGCCUUCCGCCAAAGACAACAUUCCGGGCUAUAUAGCGCUCCUCCAACAGAAAGGAGGCCGGCACGGUCGCCCGACUUCCUCAUCGUCGCGCGACUCCCAAAAUCCCACCGCCCACGACCUGCUUCUGGCAUGGCUCCCCGAAACGUCCCUCGGCGAAUCGGAGAGCAUCUACGUCAAGGUCGACCUUAGCGAAGGAGAGUCCCCUCCGAAGCAGUCAUACCUCGUCCCGCCUCCACCGACCGUCACAUCCCACCGGGGCUCCGUCGGCACCUACGCCUUCGCCAUCCCCGUGAGCGCCAUCUACUCUCUCCUCGUGCGACCGCCGAGCCUUGGCUGGUGGUUCGGCUCUCUUAUUAUCAAUUCGAGGGCGGGCGACAGCUUCCCCGCCUUGUUUUUCCACGACAAUGAAUGCCAAAGCACCAUCUUGAAGAGGAAGAGGCGGACCAAGGACAGCUUCGACCCCUUCGGCGAUCGCGGGGAGAUGUUCUGGGGCGGCGACGAGGUGUUGCGCUGGUUGCGUCGCUAUGUCCCCAUCGAGAGAUCUGGCGCAGAGCCCAACAUCUACCUGGUGGAUCCGUCUAAGGAGGAUAGCGAGGCUUUCAGCGGCAAACUUACAUCCAGCACGGCCCAGGUUGGCUUGAGAGACGGCACGGGCACCAGAGCCGGCGGUGCCGGUCCCAGUGGCGAUGCGCAGAUGGACCCCUUUGUGAAGUUCGUCAAGGAGACGGGCUGGAAUAUCAUGGAGAAGUUCAGCAAGGUGACGACCUUUACACGACGGGCCGCUCAAGACGUCAUACAAAACCCCAACGUUCCUCCUCAGGUCAAGAGGCUUCUGCGGAACCCUGAGGUGCAGACGCUCCAAGACGAGUUCGAUAGCGCGAGAAUAUACCUCGCGCGCUGGGCCAUGGGAAUUGCCGAGCAGAGCGAGCGGGAUCGGAGCCAAAGAAUAUGGACGGCUAAGGAAGUCCUGGAGCUUGAGGACACUGAUGUCGGGGAGUUCGAGCUCUUGGACGGAAGCAGUACCAUGUCGCUGGAGGACAGGAGAAAACCCGUGACCCUGAAAGAGUGGAACACGUUCUUCGACCAGCGAACAGGACGACUGUCGGUCACCAUCGACGAGGUCAAAGAACGGGUCUUCCACGGCGGCCUGGACCCGGACGACGGGGUGCGGAAAGAAGCAUGGCUCUUUAUCCUCGGGGUGCAUGAUUGGUACAGUACGUCCGAGGAACGCAAGGUACAGAUCGCAUCGCUCAGGGACGAGUAUGUCAAGCUGAAAGGCGCAUGGUGGGAGAGACUCGUGGAUCUUGGAGGCGAGGGCGAGCAGGGCGAGUGGUGGCGUGAACAGCGUGGUCGUAUUGAGAAGGAUGUCCACCGGACAGACCGAAACGUUCCCAUCUUCGCCGGGGAAGACAUCCCGCAUCCCGACCCCGACUCUCCCUUUUCCGAGGUUGGCACCAACGUCCACCUCGAGCAGAUGAAGGACAUGCUUCUUACGUACAACGAGUACAACAAAGACCUCGGCUAUGUGCAGGGCAUGUCGGACCUCCUCGCACCCAUCUACGCCGUGAUGCAGGACGAUGCUAUCGCCUUCUGGGGUUUCCAGCACUUCAUGGAUCGCAUGGAGCGCAAUUUCCUGCGCGAUCAAUCGGGAAUGCGGUCUCAGCUGCUCACCCUCGACCACCUCGUUCAGUUCAUGGACCCGAAGCUCUACGCGCACCUACAGUCCGCCGACAGCACCAAUUUUUUCUUCUUCUUUCGCAUGCUGCUCGUCUGGUAUAAACGGGAGUUCGAGUGGAUGGACGUUUUGCGUCUUUGGGAGAUUCUCUGGACGGACUACCUGAGCAGCAGCUUCCAUCUGUUUGUGGCCUUGGCCAUCUUGGAGAAGCACCGAGAUGUCAUCAUGACCCAUCUGCAGCAUUUCGAUGAGGUCCUUAAAUACGUCAAUGAGCUUUCCAACACAAUGGAUCUCGACUCGACGCUGAUUCGCGCCGAAGCGCUAUUCCGUCGCUUCCAGCGCCUGGUCGAGGCAGUCGAUAAGAAGGGCAACUUCCCCGGGCCAAGACUCCGAGACCCUGGCUCUCCCUCCCAGUCAUCGUCAUCCGAUAAGGGCCCCAGGCAAGGUGAAAGCAGUGCCGGGCCAGCGUCCCCGCGCAAAGAUACGGGCAAGGCGCCCGAGGAGUCGCAGGUGAAGAAGGUCAUCACACCUGAGCUGAGAGAGCUGCUCAGCCGUAAAGUGGUCGUGCUUCCGCGCAAGGAGGUAGCGAAGAAGGGCGACGGUCCCGGGAGGUCAUGACCUUGAGCAGCGAACGAAAAGCACACGAGGCCACGGAUAAAAGGUUCAACUUACGGUAACUUUACGGCAACAUUGAACAUUGGGAUGGGAUUAGGUGAACUGGCAUCUGGUUUGGGCGUCCAGGCGGAAACAGCGAUCUGAAAUGAAGCAAACGCACAACAUCGUGUACGAUAUCAUCUCCUAAUGAAACGAAGCCAUCGGCUGCUUCGGUGACUCUACU